GACGAAAAUGGUUACUACUAUGCACCGUUUGAGGUAGUAAUACUUACCCUAAAGCAUCCAAUCUUAUGUUGAUUGCUUCUAAUAAUAAAUUAUAAACAAAAAUGGAGAACCAGUACGGUAUAUCGAUUAAGAAUAAGUACGAUCUUUUUCUCGAGAAUGAUGACCCGCUUGAAAUUUUAAAGCUUCAAGAGGAGCAAAAGUUUGCAGGGAAGAAAACAGAUAAAACAAAGAAGUCUUCGCCGGACAAAGAAACCAAGUCUAGUGCAAAAAGCAAACAACCUAAAGCCUCGCCUGUUCCAGCGGCCACUGAGACAAAACUGGAGAAAUCCGAGGCUCCAACUGCAGCAAAAACUGACUCUGAUAAGCAACAAAAACGUCAGAAGCCUGAGUCAAAUGAUUCCAGACUUUUGAAAGAUCGUGGGAACAGGUCUAAUUUCAAAAAUGAUCAGACGUCUCCUCAAGACAGUUCUGGUAAAUUAGAAAUUGGAACUUUUGAAAAUCCUGGAAGUUCUGGGUCACCACAAGAAAGAAGAGGCAGAGGAAGAGGCUUUGGUGGAGGAUUUAGAGGCAACAAUGAACGAUCUCUUAGGGAUGGUGUGGAUAAUGGAAAUGAAAGAAGGCCACCUAGACGUGGGUUUGGCAGACCCAGAAACACUUUUAGGAACAAUGAAAAUCAUGAGAAUUUUCAGUCACCAGAAGAGACUCAACAAGAUGGAACAGGCUUUCCGGAUGAAAAAUCUGAGCAGAAUUCUGGAGAAGAGAGGAGAGGUGGAUUUCGAGGAAGGCGAGGUUUUCGAACCUUUAAUGGUGAGCAGAGAGGUUUUGGAGGUCCCAGAAGAAACUUUGAAAAUAGACCACCAAAGCGGGGUUUCAGAAAUAGUGGAGCAAGCACACAUGAUGAGCAUGCAGAACUGAAUGGAUCUGAUGAGUCAAGACCUUCUGCAGAUCACUCAACUCAGCAAGAGCAGCCUGCAAGUUUUGGACACUGGGGAGCUGAAAAUGAAACUGCUGGGGAGGAUGGAACAAGUGGUCCUGCAACAAGCAACAGUGGAUUUGGAGGCAGUCCCAGAAGAGGGCACAAGAAUAUCGUUCCAAUUGAAAUCAAGUUCGCGGACAGUCGUCGUGGUGGACUGGGAUCCAGAGGAACAGGUGGAGGAGGAGGAGGAGGAAGGAGAGGCAACAGGGAUAAUUAUGACAGAGGAGGCUACAACAGAAGAGGGAGUGGUGGGCCUGGAGCCUCUCGUGGUGGUGGCCCUGAAAGAAGGCAGCAAAGGGAGAGGGCUCCUAAUGUGGCCGAUGAGAAAGACUUUCCUAGUCUUGGAGCGAUAGCUAACAACUAAUUACAUUAGAUAUAUGGAGUCAACAUUUUGAAGGGCAGAUCAGACGGAAUCACAUUCUGCCUGAUCCAUUGAAUGACUCCUCCUACAAAGUGCAUGAUCAUAACUAUCGUUAAUUGAGUUGUGCACAUUUUUCACUCACUGUACAACCGUUUAUUAUUAUUUCUAUUGAUAAUGUUAAUUUUAUUAUUUUUAUUAACUUAAUUAAUUUUUUAUCGACGUUACUGUAAAAACUGACUUGCUGUACCUAUUCAAAUAGAUAAUUUCUUCGUUAUUUAGCAAAUUUAACAUGUCAAUGAGUACGCCUGUAACAAUGGUUGGCUGAUGAACACUUUUUAAGCACAGAGACAAACUUUUUUGAAUAUUAAUUUAAUCAAUUGAUUAAUUAAUUAAUUUAAUUGAUUGAUAAUGUUUACAGAUUUUUUCACAAUUCAUAUAAUGUGUAUGCGUGCUUACGUGUGUUAAACUUUUUUAGAUGUACAUGUUUGAUUGAAUGAUUGAUGGUUUUGUCAGUUCAUUACUACUACUAUUAUUAAUACUAUUAUUUUUAUUUUAUUACUGCAACAGCUGUAAUUUGGUGUAAUUCACAUAUAAUAACUCUACACAAACUCUAAAAUCUUUUUUUUAUUACUCAAUGGCUUUCUUACUUUUUUCAUGAAAAAAUCGGUUAUAUCUAGAACUAUCAUUUAUAUAGUGUUUUAUGUGUAGUAUUUGUGUGUGUGUGUAUAUAUACAUACACGUAUACGUUUGAUACAUAUAUGUGUGUGUGUGUGUAUGUAUAUAAAUUUAAAUGAAUUUGUGUGCAUAGCUCCUGAUGUAUGUGUGUGUAUGUAUGCUUUUCUACAUAAUUAAGUCGUCUAUCGCAUCCAUUGUCUCUUUAUAUUUUUAAUUUUUAUUAUAUUUUUUUCUUUUUGUUCUCUGAUCGUCAUUUAUGUCUAUUUAUCACUUUUCUUAACUUAUUAUUAUUUAGGCUUGAAUUUGUGCAUGCGUGUGUGUGUGUAUGUGUGUGUGUGUGUAAGCUGGUGUACGUGGGUAAUUAGUACCUUUUAACCCGUCAACUAAGACAACGACGUUAAUGAUGAUGGUUACAAUAAACAAGUUUAUGAAACUUAUCGAA